UACUUUAGACUUUUACAUAUCGCGGACAAUGAAUGUGCAAAACACACAGAAGCUUUUGGAUUUGGUCAAUGAACGUACAAAACACACACAUGCUUUUGGAUUUGGCAAUGAACGUACAAAACACAGUCAUGCCUUUGUACAAAACACAUAGAACCCGUGCAUUGGUCGAUACACGUUCAACACAGAAGCUCUUGCAUUUGGCCAAUGAAUGUACAUAACACACAGAAGCUUUUGUAUUUGGCCAAUGAAUAUACAAAACAAACAGAAGAUUUUGCAUUUGGCCAAUGAAUAUACAAAACACACAGAAGCUUUUGCAUUUGGCCAAUGAAUGUACAAACACACAGAAACUUUUGCAUUUGUUCAAUGAAUGUACAAAACACACACCAGCUUUUACAUUUGGCAAAUGAACGUACAAAACAUACUGAUACUUGGGCCAGUGAACGUACAAAACAUAUUGAAACUUUUGCAUUGGGCCAGUGAACGUACAAAACAUACUGAAACUUUUGCAUUGGGCCAGUGAACGUACAAAACACAUUUAAGCUUUAACAAUUAGCCAACGAACUUAAAAAAAAGAAUAAAUAUGCGAGUUUUAAAUACAAAUAUCAAAAUAAAACAUCUAGUAUUGAUUUGUGUCUAAUUAUAUAAUAUAAUUUCAGUGUACACAAAAGGCAACAUCGCUAAGAAAUUUCUGGAUUUGUCUAAGAAAUAUGGACCAGCUUUUACUUAUUACAUGGGACCAAUACGAUGUCUUAUAUUAAACCGUAUUGAUGUUAUUAAUGAAGCUUUGCUGACCAAGGGAGCUAACUACUCGGAUCGGUAUACGGUGUAUUCUACUGAAGUUCUUUUCGAAGGGGGAGAAGACAUUAUCAACGGUAGAUAUGGUACUGGAUGGAAACUUAGAAGAAAGUUAGCCAGUCGUGCUAUGAGGUAAUAGUAAAUGAUAGAUAAAUCAAUGCCCGCAAAACUCUUUCAUCCGCUGUUUUUUUCUAGCUGAAGUUCUUUUCGAAGGGGGAGAAGACAUUAUCAACGGUAGAUAUGGUACUGGAUGGAAACUUAGAAGAAAGUUAGCCAGUCGUGCUAUGAGGUUAUUUAUGUCGAGUGAAAACUUUAAUAUCAAGUUAGAAGAAGCCGUAUCUAAAACAGCGGAAGCCAUGUUGAAAGAGACAGGACCCUUUGAUCCUAAACCCUACAUGUUCUUUACAACUUUAAAUAUUUUAGGGGGCAUGGUUUUCGGAACAAAGUAUGAAUAUAAUGAUGAAACGUACUUGGAAAUACUCAACAAGCUGGAAGAGUUUUCUAAACUUGCAUCAGAGGGUAUAUUUCUGGAAAAUAUGUUUCCACCAGCCAGAUGGUUUCCAUCCAAAAGGUUUAAACGUGUUGCCCAAGUAUUUAAGGAAUUUAUAGAUAUUAUAAGAUAUAAUAUUAAAAAAGUAGAAGACGAAUUUGUACCAGGUAAAAUAACCAACUUUACAGAAAGUCUUCUUCAAGCAGAGAAAGAAAUGCGUGAGGAAGGCGAAGAGAAUAUGGACCAUUUUAAGCAUCAUAACUUAGUGCUAACUGUAUUUGACAUAUUUUUCGCUGGUAACGAUACAUCAAGACAAACAUUAUACUGGGCUUUGAUGUAUAUAACUGGUCUUCCUGAUGUUCAACACAAAAUACAAGAUGAAGUUGAUUCAGUCGUUGGGAAUGAUAGAUAUCCAGCUACAUCAGAUAGAGAAGGUCUGUCCUAUACAGAUGCUGUAUUACAUGAAGUCAUGAGAAUAGGAUCAGUAGUACCUGUUGGUGUUCCCCACAUGACCAGUUGUGAUACCACGAUAGAUAACGGUAAAUAUGACGUUCCCAAGGGUACCAUGGUUUUCAUCAAUCACUGGGGAAUUCAGAAUGAUCCAGAUAAUUGGGAAGACGUCGAACAGUUUAAACCAGAAAGAUUUUUAGAUAAAGGUGGUAAAAUGGCACCAAAACCUGAAAACUGGCUUCCAUUUAGUGCUGGUAGAAGAGUUUGUCUUGGAGAACCCAUGGCUAAACCAGAACUACAUUUAAUUCUAGCAGGUCUUUGUCAGAGAUUAGUCAUGGAACCCGAACCAGGAACAUCAAUUAAUUUGGAACCAAAGCUAGACGGACUUAUACUUGUCCCUCAUCCGUAUAAGAUCGUGGUUAAGCCACGAAUCAACCCUUAAACUUGUAUCUUCUUCUAAAUAUUAUUUACUGUAUGUUUAAUUUUUGUAAAUUAGUUGGGGGAUUGGAAGGCCGAAUGGUUAGCACAUGCGUGGUGUAUCAUAAGGUCUGUCAUUGAGUCAACUGGCGUGGUUUCGAUUCCCCGGUUGUACGUGACAGGGAGUAGUGUCGCCUGUCCAACCUCGUGAGUUUUCUCCGGGUCCUCCGGGUUCCUCCUACUGCUAAAGACCCCUACGCGCAAAAGAAUUAUUGAAUUAAAAUUGAACCAUGUGUGAGUCCCGAAAUGACCUAGUUUUAUCGAGUGGACGUCAACACCCUCUCUCUCUCUCUCUCUCUCUCUCUCAGUUACCAUGACAAAAUUGUCAUCAAUCGUAUUGCACAUAUUACCAUAUGCUGUGUCUCCAAGUAUAGUGUUGACAUGAAACCACAUUCCAAGCAGGUGUGUAGAUCCUCGGUAUGACGUAUCAUUUCCUGUGUAUGUUUUAUGACUUUCGGGCACGUGACAUAACAUCUGUGAUAUUACGGAAUAUAAUGAAAUCUCAGUGUUUUAUACUUUUUAACGUUUACUAUCUGAUAAUGACUGUGUGUCAUGUCUCAUUUUGCAUAACAACCUUGUGUCUGAAUACAUUCCACUACCACCACCAACACCACCAUCAUCAUACAAUCUGAGUGUUUUAUACUUUUUAAAAAAUGUAUUGUCUGUAUUUAUUGUUUGCUAUGUUUUUGUUUUGUAUAACAGCCUUCUUGGUAUUGUCUAUUUUUACCAUUGAUUCUAAUUGUAUGGGAACACUUGGUUUAACAUAAUUUUUAUAAAUGCAUCAAUAACUGUAUGGGAUCACUUGGUUUCAUUAAAGGGCAAUAUUGGUGCCAGCCAUUAUCA